AUGCCUUUGGCUAAAUCUCCACGAGUUAACACUGAUUUAGGAAGAGGUCUAAGGGCUGUUGGAAUGGCGACAUCUGCGAAGCGGAGGUAUAUCAGUGACAUGGAGCAUGCAUCCAAAUUUUCACCAAGAACUACUAAACGAAAGCAGUCAUGGAGGCAUAAUCUGUCUAAUUCAAAAUCUCAGUAUCCAAAAAAUCUCCAUCUGAACAGCAGACUUCAUCAAAGUUUCAGCACCAGAUCUGGAGUCGAAGAGCAGAACUCUCUGCAUGAGAAGUUUGAUACAUGCUGCCAAGAAGGUAAUCUAAAACAUGCCUUGGAAACUUUGAAAAUGAUGGAAAACAUUGAAAUAGCUAAGAUUGAGGAUUAUAGAGAGAUUGUUGAAAUGCAUGGGUUAGCUGGAAAUUUGGAAGAGGCAGUUAAAUUGGUUGAUGGAAUACCUAAAAAACAUAAAUAG